CGCGGCCCCGCGGGCCAUCCGUGUAGGUCCCACCAUUUUUGUCGCCACCGCAUUCCGCAGCCAGCCUGCUCCAAUCACACGCCGUCGCUCUUUUUUUUCCCCAGUAAAAAAAAAAAAAAACUAAUUAGAAUUAAUUUAGUAAUAAUUAUAACAGUUGUUACCUCCGAGCAGAAUUGCAAGCUAGCUGGUGUUGCCGCUUUCAUCAUCUUCUUCCCUUUUUCCUCUCUUCUCUUCUCAUCUCUCCCAUCCCCACAUGCGAAGCUGAAAAGCAGACUCUGCAAAAAAUAUCAGAGAAAAAGCGCCAUUCCCAUUCCUCCACCGUCACAGAACUCACUGCCCAACAACAACAACAACAUUCCCACUAAUAAAGUCUCCCCCUUUUCUCUCCUUUGCUAAUCGGCUAACCAGGGAAGAAGAAGGAGGAGGAGAAUCCCGCCGGCGCGAUGUCAGCUCCGGCGCCAACCUCGCCUCCGUCCACCAACUCCACCGCGACGCCUCCCGCCACACCCUCGGCGCCUCCUCCGGCGACUCCCUCCGCGCCUCCACCUUCCCCUCCCGCCGCCGCUCCUCCGCCGGCCACUCCUUCCGCUCCUCCGCCGGCCACUCCUUCCACCCCUCCCCCGGCGGCGCCCGCCACUCCUACAGCUCCGGCGCCUGCUUCCCCUUCUCCGCCGACGACUCCUUCGCCUUCCCCGCCUUCGCCUCCUUCCACCACUCCUUCGCCGCCUUCUUCCACCACUCCGCCGUCGACCCCCACACCGGUCACCCCUUCCACGCCGACCCCAAUCACGCCGUCUACCCCCGGGACCCGCACGCCUCCGUCAUCCCGCUCCCCGCCGUCGUCUUCUUCCGGCGGUUCGCCGCCGAACUCUUCCUCGCCUCCCUCCAACUCGUCGAUAUCGACUGGAACGGUGGUCGGGAUUGCAAUUGGAGGAGUGGCGAUUCUGUUGAUACUGAGCUUGUUCUGUAUUUGUAGAAAGAGGAGGAGAAGAGGCGACAAUGAAGCCGCUUACUACGCUCCUCCGCCGCCGCCUUCUUCUGGCCCUAAAGUUGACCCAUACGGCGGCCAGCCGCAACAGCAUUGGCAGCAGGUAGCUCCGCCGCCGCCGGAUCGAGUGGUGGGAUCAAUGGGAAAACCGCCACCUGCGCCACCAGCUCCGGCGAGACAACCACCUCAGCAGCCGGCUUACCUGAGCAGCAGCGGGGCGUCCAACUACUCCGGCACCGAAACCCCGCUCCCGCCGCCUUCUCCUGGACUGUCAUUGGGCUUCUCGAAGAGCAUGUUUACAUAUGAAGAGCUAGCGAGGGCUACAGAUGGGUUCUCGGAUGCCAAUUUGCUCGGGCAAGGUGGGUUUGGAUAUGUUCAUAGAGGAGUUCUUCCAAAUGGUAAAGAAGUAGCCAUCAAGCAGCUGAAGGUAGGGAGUGGUCAAGGGGAAAGGGAGUUUCAGGCUGAAGUGGAGAUCAUCAGCCGUGUUCAUCAUAAGCAUCUGGUUUCCUUGGUUGGUUACUGCAUUACUGGAGCUCAGAGAUUGCUGGUUUAUGAGUUUGUCCAGAAUGAUACAUUGGAGUUCCAUUUACACGGGAAAGGGCGACCUACGAUGGAAUGGCCGACUAGGUUGAAGAUCGCUUUGGGGUCUGCUAAAGGGCUUGCCUAUCUUCAUGAAGAUUGUCAUCCUAAGAUCAUUCAUCGUGACAUUAAGGCAGCCAACAUACUCUUGGAUUUCAAGUUUGAGGCUAAGGUUGCUGAUUUCGGAUUAGCGAAGUUCACGUCUGAUGCUAACACUCAUGUCUCCACCAGGGUGAUGGGAACUUUUGGAUACUUGGCCCCAGAGUAUGCUGCAAGUGGAAAGCUCUCCGACAAAUCCGAUGUGUUUUCCUUCGGAGUAAUGCUUCUAGAGCUGAUUACAGGGCGCCGCCCUGUUGACACGACUCACACUUACAUGGACGACAGUCUGGUGGACUGGGCUCGGCCCUUACUUUCACGGGCUCUGGAGGAUGGAAACUACGACUCCUUGGUCGACCAAAAACUCGUAGACUACGACCACAACGAGAUGUCUCGCAUGGUCGCCUGUGCUGCCGCCUGUGUUCGCCACUCUGCUAGGCGUCGCCCACGCAUGAGCCAGGUAGUGCGAGCUCUAGAAGGAGAUGUAUCGCUAGCAGACCUCAACGAAGGGAUUAAACCAGGGCACAGCCGAAUGUAUUCAUACGAAAGCUCGGAUUAUGACACAAGCCAGUACAAUGAGGACAUGAAGAAGUUCAGGAAGAUGGCACUCGGCAGCAAAGAGUACGGUGCGAGCGACGAGUACAGCGGCCCUCCCACGAGCGAUUACGGGCUCUACCCUUCCGGAUCGAGCAGCGAAGGGCAGACGACAAGGGAAAUGGAGAUGGGGAAGGUGAAGAGAAACAGCCAAGGUUUCAGUGGAAGCUCUUGAGUUGAGCCUUCUCACCAUCUCUCUAUGUAAAGCCAAUCCCUUCUUUCCCCUCCACUACUCUAUUUUCUCGAAUGGAAUUUUUAUUUUCGGUUUUGAAUUGGAUCAUUGGAUGUCACAUUGAUUUCCCAGAACGAUAUGUGUGUUCUUGGUGUGAUCAACCAACACAUGAGCAAAAAGUUUUUUCUUCUUCUACUUCUUCCCUUGCUGAUCAGUUUUUUUUUCUUUUCCUUUCUCUUUGAUUUUCUACCAAUGUAUUUAUUAGUAGCGAGUAAAUACUGGAAAGACAGGCUAAAUUGACAGUAUAGUAGAAGCUUUAUUUUGAUUCUUUGAUUCAUUUGCUGCUUAUUUGAAUGGAAUGUGAAUACAUGCUGCAAUGUGUAUUCGUUUUGUGUC